AACAACAUUUAAUUAAUUAAUAGAUGGAUUAAUUCUCGUGGUAGAUGUUUAAACACAUGUGCAUUUUCAUUUCUUCCAUCGAGAACUGAAAUCUCGAUCGUAUUCUCUAGUUUUUUCGAAAUACCAUAUUGGCUGUGCGUUAUUCGUUAUGAUAAAAUCUCAAAGAAACUACUCGACAACUGAUUUUGAAAUCAGACGAGAAUAUCAGACGUAAAAACAGCAGACGACUUUAGGCCAUCGGGCUUAAUUUUGUUGCACCACAUGACAUUCGAAAAUGUCAUGUGUUGAAGACUUUUAUCGGAAUGAUGAUAUCUUGAUGAAAAUAUAUUACGUUAUACAUAUAUGCAAUACGGGAUCGGUUGAUAAAUUAGUAGAUACAAUACACCGUCGACAUGUAUAUAAAGACGAAACCAAUUAUCUUCUUUAGUCUUUAUUUCUAGGUGAAAGUAGCGUUUGCAAGAAUACGUCUGAUACGUCUGUAACAAGAGUGUCUUGAAAUGGAAACCGCCGAUAUUAUCAAGAAUGACGACAUUUACAAAUUGCUCUCGUUUGAAGAGGUAAAAGAGAUAACGAAACGCGCGCUGAGCAAUGAUGCCGAUUUGAUGAAAUACGUUAUUCGACCGUACUCCAACGGCAAGCUCGGAUAUCUUGGUUCUCAUCAUCGAAUCGAUAUAACGGCAACGAGGAAGAGGGAAACCAUCGCUCUUUCGCUCUUUUUCAAGACCAUACCUUACGAGGUGUCCGAUCAAGCCGACUAUGUGAUAGAGAAGGGAGUCUUCGAGCAAGAGGCCAAGUUCUACAGCGUCAUAAUGCCGUUGCUCUGCGAGAGAUACCGCGGAGAGCCGUGGGCGCCGGUGUGUUACAAAGCGAAGAGUAACUUGAUGGUCUUCGAGGAGUUAAGUGACAAGGGUUACUCAAUGCGGGACAAGCUCUUCGACGGGACGCUCGUGCGCGCUGGUUUAAGCGCUCUCGCGCGAAUGCACGCCGCCUCCUUGCUCGCGGAGACGCGUCUUGGCGUGCCCCUAAAUCAGCUGUACCCUGAAGCCUUCGUCGAGAGAGCCUUCAAUCCUGAGGGAAUGACGCGACAGUGGUUCGAUUCAAGCAUCGACAUAGCCGCGAGUCUAGCCGAAAGUUUGGGAUAUGAUCCCGACCUGAUACGCUCGACCUGCGAGCAAGUAUACCACGCUUUAAAGCCGUCCCGCACAAAGGCGAAUGUGGUCAGCCACGGCGAUCUCUGGGGCAACAACCUUCUAUUCAAUAAUGACGUGCCGCCAAAAUGUUUGCUGGUAGAUUUCCAACUCUUGAGGUAUUCCCCCCUGGCACACGAUGUCGCGCAAUUAUUGUACCUCUGUACGGAUCGGAGCUUCCGAGAAACUUGGGAGAAUGCGAUGUUGCGUCAUUAUUAUGAAACGUUGCGCGAGACCUUAAAUAUUCACGAAAUCCGUACGCAAAUACCCCCAUGGUCAGAGGUGAUCGAGGGUAUGGAGGAGCAACGUCUAGGCGCCGCUAUUACCGCGAUAAGUUAUUUUCCUACGGUUCUGAUGGACGAAAAUGUUAGCGCGCAAGGUAUAAAUAAAUCGGCAUCUUUCAUCGACUAUCACAUUCGUAACAGAAAAGAGGCCUUUCUCUUGAACAUGGAGAAGGAUUCAGUUUACAGGAGAAGGAUCGAAGAAACUAUCAUCGAACUCGCCGAACUCGCUUCGCGAUUGGAUCAACUACCUACUCCGUCUUAAAAAGAUUUAUAUUUUAUUAAUUAUAUAUUUAAAUUAUAUACUUAAAGUUUAGUUACAUAUUUUAUAUAUUUAAUUUCGUACGAUUUAAAAUCUUUUAUUAACGUCGAUACACUUUGUACAUCUUUUGUAUACUUUAGUUUACAGAAGAAUAUGUCUCCAUUAAUUUUAUUAUAAUCUUCUUCUAACCCUCGAUAGUUUUCGUGAUAGUUUUCACGAAAUCAAAGUACAAUAUUAU